CCCGUUGCAGCCUUCAUUUUUUUCCCUUUUAUUUUUUUUAGCCAACCUCGUAAAAAGACAAGGUUUUUAAAAGCUCGUUGGACAUUUGUUUUUUUGACUUUCCCUCCCCAGUUUAACCAAGUGUUUACAUUCGUGUUUUUACUCUGCGGAGGAUUUUUGGUUUUGUUUCCUUUUUACGUUGUCACAAUGGCUCGUAUGAACAGACCGGCCCCCGUGGAGAUCACCUACAAAAACAUGAGGUUCCUCAUUACCCACAAUCCCACCAACGCCACCCUGAACAAGUUCAUCGAGGAGCUGAAGAAGUACGGAGUCACCACCGUGGUGAGAGUUUGUGAGGCCACUUAUGACGCCACUCUGGUGGUGAAGGAAGGGAUCCAAGUCCUGGAUUGGCCCUUCGAUGACGGAGCUCCUCCCUCCAACCAGAUCGUGGACGAUUGGCUGAACCUGCUGAAGCUGAAGUUCAGGGAGGAGCCGGGCUGCUGCGUGGCGGUGCACUGUGUGGCGGGUCUGGGGAGAGCUCCGGUUCUGGUCGCGCUCGCCUUGAUCGAAUGUGGGAUGAAGUAUGAAGACGCGGUCCAGUUCAUACGGCAGAAGCGCCGCGGAGCGUUCAACAGCAAGCAGCUGUUCUACCUGGAGAAAUAUCGUCCAAAGAUGCGCCUGCGCUUCAAAGAUUCCAACGGCCAUCGCAAUACCUGCUGCAUCCAGUAGAGCUCCACCCCCCCCCCCCCCCCCUUCAGUUUGAACCCGCUUGUUGUCUUAGCCAUUGUGUUGAAGUAUUUUAUUUUGGUAAACCAUGCUCAUUAAGUCAAACUGCCCCCCCUCCCCCCUUCAGUAAAGUAAAAUGAGUUGUGUUAACUGGAAGCACCACAUUUUCUCCUCAAACCGUCACAAACCCGCUAAGGAGGGGCAGCGCGUGUCAUCGUUUAACUGGUGAAAUGUUUCCCCUCCGUCGGCCCACGUUUACAAACCCUGAGAAUCUCCCAAAAGGCCAAUUCAUGUGACGAGAGAGAGGAAUGCCUUCCUUCAAACAGAUGGUUCAUCCGUAAAUGCCUUACAGUGGAAGUGAGACGGGGGCAGAGGGGGCGGAGUCUCGCCGCCCGCCGGCAUUUGGAAAAGGUGUUUUCAUUUUUCUACUCGGAGCAAAAAAAAAAGCGAAACAAAAAAAAAACCUAGAAAUCGUUGCCUUUGUCUUGUGCAGGAAGUCUUACUCUCACUUUCAGUAACUAUUUUUAAUAUACAAUGCUUACGUGUUGCAAUAUUUGUCAAUUUUAUUUCUUUUCUCUAUCAAACCUUCUGUUUACUAAUUAACUGCCAUAUCCAAAAUGUGAUUUCAUUUUUUAAUUUUAGUUUUUUUUUAUUUUGCUUCAAGCUGGACUUCCAACGUCUGCGAUAUUUUGUAUUUCUCUUUAUUUGAUGUCUGUAACUUAAGACUUGGAUACUUGAUGAUUUUAUGUAUUUGAUAAUGUGUAUUAUCAUUAUCAUCAUUAUUAUUAUUAUUAGGUUGGCUAUUUAUACUAUCAAUGGAUGUGUGAUUUAGUACCGUGAGCGACAACGUUGUACCUGUUCACCAACCUGUGAGUACAUUAAAUGAUACACUGAUGAGCAGA